AUGACCAGUGCAGUUCACGACUACACCUAUUCUGUCCAAGUUAAGAGUCGUUUCGACUUGUUUGCGAAGGCCGAUUACAACAGCGAAGAUCCAGAUCAUCUUUUGUCGAGGCUUCGCAAUCAGAAGCGCGAGAGAAAGUCAUCCGCGAAAGAAGUUUUCGGGAAAGGUGCUCCGGAACCUGUUGAACCUACUCAAAAGGACAGUCAGGCGCCUCGCAAUGAGCGUCGAGGCGCCGAUCGGAAAGUAUCUCGUGAUCCUCCUGGAAACGCGGGUGGUCGUUCUGCACCUCGGGGUCGUAAUGUUGUUAUGCGCAACAGAGUUUCCAAGCCUGGUAGUCAGCGUGUAUUUGAUCGUCAUUCUGGGUCGGACAAAACCGGCGUCAAGGCAGUCAUGAAAAAGGACGGACACGGUACUGGGAAUUGGGGUACUAUGGAUGAUGAACUCGAAGCUCAAAUGGCUGAAGUUGUUCUUGAGCCCACCAUUGAGGAAGAAGCCCCAGCUGAAGAGGUAAAGCCGGCUGAACCUACCUCAGCUGAGCAGGACCAAGAACCAGAAAAGGAGCGCCCCAAAAUGAUGACACUGAAGGAAUUUCAUCAGCAGCGAAAAGCUUCAAGGGUAAAUGUUCAGUUGGUCACCAAGGGAGUACGCCGUCCAAAUGACGGGAAAAAUGUGUUUUCUGGCAUGUCCGAAGUCCACAAGUCGAAACCUCCGGAACCAAAGAUCGAGACAGUGCUGGAAGAUGAACCCCAGGUUGAAGAAGACGCCAAACCGGUCUUUUUUGAGUUUGGGCGUGGUAGGCCGUUUCCCCGCGGGCGUGGAGGUCGGCCGUUCGGGUUUGGCGAAUUUCGAGGUCGUGGUUCAGGACCUCGUGCGGAUCGACAACCACGCGAGGACCAGCAAAACCAAGCGACAGAACAAGUUGAACAACAACCGGAAGGACAGCCAGAGAGUAACGAGACAUCUGGACAGCCUAGCUCAAGACCCGUGCAGCGCGUAGGCCGUCGGGGUGAUAGAGGCUCUCGUGGUCGAGGACGUGGUUUUGUGCCCCGCGUUAGUUUUAACGCUGAGCGUGGUCGCGGCAGAGGUAGUGGACAAGUUGGGGACCGUCCAAGUUUUCGCGGUGGCGGUCGACCGCCCUUCCGUGGCGGAGAUCGAGGCGGUGGCCGUGGAAUGCGAGUGGGAAUGCGUGGAGGAGUUGGAGCCGUCGGUGCAAAUGUAGGCGGUGGUUUCAGGUAUGGACGUGGAGGCUUUGAUGACUCACAGGAAGGUCGUGGAGGUUCUAGAGGUGGACUACGUACUACGCCAAACGCUCCACCUUCAAUGGACAGUGAUGCAGAUUUUCCCGCUUUGAAAUAG